AUGGCGAAAGCUGUUAAGAAGCAGAAAAAAACUCUUAAACCAGUGACGAAAGUCAUCACCAUAAAUUUGAGCAAGUUGACACACGAUGUGUGCUAUAAAAGAAAGGCUCCAAGAGCUAUCAAGGAGAUAAGAAAGAUCGCAGGAAAGCUAAUGCACACAAAGGACGUACGCUUGGAUGUAAAACUUAACAAGUUCAUAUGGGGCAAGGGUAUUAGGAAUCCACCCAAAAGGGUUCGAGUAAAAAUAGAGAGAAAAAGAAACGAAGAUGAAGACUCCAAGGAGAAAAUGUACACCAUUGUUCAGCAUGUCAUGGUUGACUCUUACAAAGGAUUACUCAACGAAUGUGAAGUGAACGAGUGA